ACCUCGCAUUCUCCCGGAGCGAUGAGACGCAAAGAGAAGAGGCUGCUGCAGGUGGCCGGGGUGCUCGUCGCUGCUCUGCUUUUCCUCCCCAAUGUCGGGCUGUGGUCUUUGUACAGGGAUCGAGUGUUUGACAACUCGCCCAACAGCGCGGACGGUCCGGGCGGCGUCUCCGCGGUGCAGGGGUUGAACCAGAAGGUCGCUCAGGUGGGAGUCGACGGCGUGCGGCGGAUAGACUGGCAUGACUACAAAGGCAUAAGGAGAGAUGCUGCUCGCAUCGGUAAUGGGGAACAAGGAAAGCCAUUCCCCCUCACAGAAACUGACCAGGUGGACCAGGCCUACAGGGAAAACGGCUUCAACAUUUACGUCAGCAACCGGAUAUCUCUCAACCGCUCCCUCCCUGACAUCCGACAUGAAAACUGUCAACACAAGCUGUAUGCAGAGAAUCUCCCCAACACCAGCAUCAUCAUCCCGUUCCAUAACGAGGGCUGGUCAUCGCUGCUGAGGACGGUCCACAGUGUGAUCAACCGCUCGCCCCCGCAGCUCAUCGCAGAGAUCAUCCUGGUGGACGACUUCAGCGACAAAGAGCACCUAAAGGUGGCACUGGAGGAAUACAUGAUGCGGAUGCCGAAGGUUCGCAUUCUGAGAACUAAGAAGAGGGAGGGGCUGAUCAGGACUCGCCUACUGGGAGCUGCCGCUGCCAAGGGAGAAGUCCUCACCUUCCUGGACUCUCACUGUGAGGCCAACGUCAACUGGCUGCCUCCACUGCUGGACCGAAUCUCCCAGAACAGGAAGACCAUUGUGUGUCCCAUGAUCGACGUCAUCGACCACAACAACUUUGGUUAUGACACACAGGCGGGGGACGCCAUGCGAGGGGCGUUUGACUGGGAAAUGUACUACAAACGGAUCCCCAUCCCUCCAGAGAUGAAGACGGACGAUCCCACUGAGCCUUUUGAGUCACCAGUGAUGGCAGGUGGACUGUUUGCCGUCAACAGGAAGUGGUUCUGGGAACUGGGAGGAUACGACACAGGUCUGGAGAUCUGGGGAGGAGAACAGUACGAGAUCUCCUUCAAGGUGUGGAUGUGCGGUGGUCGGAUGGAAGACAUACCUUGCUCCAGGGUAGGGCACAUCUACCGGAAGUAUGUCCCGUAUAAGGUUCCUGGUGGGAUCAGCUUGGCGAAGAACCUGAAGCGUGUGGCCGAGGUGUGGAUGGACGAGUACGCUGAAUACGUGUACCAGCGUCGCCCAGAGUACCGCCACCUGUCAGCAGGAGACAUGACGGCACAGAAGGAGCUGAGGAACCGACUCAACUGCAGGAACUUCAAAUGGUUCAUGAACCAGGUGGCCUGGGAUCUGCCUAAACACUACCCACCGGUGGAGCCUCCUGCUGCUGCCUGGGGAGAGAUACAGAAUGCGGGUAGUGGCAUGUGCAUGGAGAUCAAACACUUUGUCUCCGGAAGUCCCAUCCGCCUGGAGAACUGUGUGAAAGGGCGCGGUGAAGUGAGUUGGAGUCAUGGACAGGUGUUGACGCUGGGUUGGAGGGAGGACAUACGGGUGGGUGACCCCAUCCAUACCAGGAAGGUCUGCUUUGAUGCCGUCUCCCACAACAGCCCAGUAACCCUGUACGACUGCCACGGCAUGAAGGGGAACCAGCUGUGGCGCUACAGAAAGGACAAGAGCCUGUAUCACCCUGUAAGUAACAGCUGUAUUGACGGCAGCCCCAGCGAGCGGCGGGUCUUCAUGAACACGUGUGAUCCGUCCUCCCUGAGCCAGCAGUGGCUGUUUGAGCGAACCAACCAAACCGUGCUGGAGCACUUCAACCGCGGCACCAACUGAGGUCACUGAGCAGUGAGAUGAGGCGUCUUCCAAAGUGGAGAUCAUGAAACAAUGAUCAGCUGUGUUCAAAAAACAAUGGGAGUGAGGCACUGCUUACCAAACGUUCCCUGUAGUGCAGCAGUGACCCAGUGCCCUCGCUGAGAGCUGAAGAGCUGGUUGGACCAUACGCAUCGACAUCCAGAAUCCAGUCAUACAGCUUACGCUGAUGAAGGAAGGAGGUAGUGAGACACCGUGGCGAGACCUGGUUGCCCCGUGGAAACCCUGAAAAAAGUAGAGCUUUUAAACAUGGACCUCGAGAACUUACAAGAGGCAAAUAUUUGCAAGGAUGCGCCUUCCCUUCAUUGCCAGUGCACUAUGUGUCAACACAGACUCUGAUGGAUUCAACGGAUGAUCUGUUCUUUUGCCUUCCUCGGUCUUGUGUUUUCCUGUCGGUGGCAUGUUUUCAUUCAUGGUGCUAAACAGCUUUUGAAGCUGAAAGUGGAAAAAUUAAUUACUCUUUCACACUGAAUAGAUGCAUUGUGAGAAUGUCUCUCCAAAGGAACAACAACUGGUACUGAGCCAUCUUUAAAGUGGAUUUUUUUUGUCUGUUUUUUUCUCUCUACUACAGUAUGUAAUAAAGUGAGGAAAUCACAAACCAAGUGUACUUUAUGUAUGGUUGUGGUGACUGACAGUUAA